GUCUCGGGGCCAGUACUGCAGAGGCCCUCGUGCCCGGCCCGACGUUGCACUUCCAACCACGGCGAGGUGACUACCUUCUUUUCCGGCGCCCAUCGCCAUCCUCCAAGCCGCCACUCUCCACGCCCAUCGGAUCGGUUCCGACGCCAGCUGCCCGCGGGGUGUAUGUUUGGCCAACGGUGCACGGCGAUGUGGUCGUGGGGCCAACUAAUGUGAAACAGGACCACUCAUCUAUUGACGCGCCGUCGAAAGAGGUGGUUGCCGGGCUGAGGAGAAAGGCCCUCCAGGUUUGCCCAGCGCUGUCCGAUUGGCCGAUGGCCGGGAGCUACGCAGGCCUACGACCUGCCCUGGAGCCGCAGCAAUACGGCUCGGACUUCCUCGUGCGCAGCGAUGACGACCUUGCAUGGACCACCGUCGCCGGAGUGAGGAGUACCGGCCUGACUGCGUCCCUUGGCUUGGCUGAGCGCGUGCUUGCGAGGCUCCGGCCGUCGCAGCCUCUUCCGCCGACUUCUUCACCCACGCUGCCAAGCCUCGCUGCUUUGGCUGAAGACUUCGCCGCCCGGCGCGAUGGACGUGUGGAGGUCGCUGGCAGGUCUUGGUACGUAUGGCACCCGCAAACGCGCCUCGGUCUCGCUGUUUCUGGUGGCCUAGAUUCCGUGCCGGCAGGUCCUGCAUCUCAGGGUCUCGGCUCUUGCGCCUGGCUCUAG